CUCAAACUCCUGGACUCAAGCAAUCUGCCCACCUUGACCUACCAAAGUGCUGGGAUUAUAGGCAUGAACCAAUGUGCCCAGCUGCAUUUACAUUUUCAGUGUAAGGUUUCCUUCAAGUACAUUUAAAACUUUUGAUUGGAGAAAACUCAUUGAUUUGGUCUUUAAUGUCUCUUAACCUGAUACAUCCAUUACCUCCACUUCACACAGGGAAAAUCCAGUCGCUAUUAGGAGCAGGGGUUUGGUUUUCUUGUCUGGCGCAGCUCUAUGGCACUUGGUAGAGCUUGCAGUGAGUAGAUGGAGUGAAAAAUACCUUGCUGGUGUUAAUAAAAGCUAACUUUCUUGCCUUCUAGUGAGGACAUCUUAAAGUCUUCCAUUAAAGAGUAAUUCCUUUGGGUUUUGCCUUGCCCUUGCCUGGUUCUUGCUUUUAAAAUGUUAAUGCUCUGCAGGAAAAUUUUUGCAUUAAGUCAUUAACUCCUUAGCUGGGGACUUUAUUUUAUCCUUGACUUCAGCAUCUGAGCUAGGCAAAAAAUGGAGGAUUCUGAAGUAGAGACUUGGCACUGAAAAUGGGAAAAUGACUGUCUCUUCAUUUUUCCUGGCUGCUGGCUAUGCCUGCUUCAGGUGCUUGUUAAACUCUUAUUGAAUGAAUGAAUGAGUGAAUGAACGAAUGCUUGCAAAGCUGCCUGGCUAUGGAUUUAAGCAUCACAGGGAUGGAGUUUAGGGGCAUAGCAGCUGACCUCCUGAAGCCUGGAAGUCCCAGGGCAGAGAGGAAGUGCUGGGUGGGUGGGGUGCUUGGUCAUGACUUGUUCACAAGUCCCUUCGUCCUCCACCCUAGCUGCCAGAGCUCAGGGAAUAGCUGAACCCAGGUUAUGGUUGGUGGAAGGGAGGGAACUGAAAAUUCCAUGACAGUUUUUUCCUUUGCCAUGGCUAAGAAAAGGGUUGACAAAUGGGCUUCAUCUCAUUUGCCUCUCUAGCCAGUUGAAAUGCCUCUUAGGACUUCUGUGUUAAGAAGGAUUCUGAGGUCCAGAGAGCCUCAUGGUCAGCUAGCACUGUCUCGCUGGGUUUGGGAUGGGGGAAGCAGCACCAUGUUAUUGGAGUCUGACCUCGGAGGACUAAUUUUGACCCUUUUCCUUCCUUCCUUUGUCCCUUUCUUCUCUAGGGACCCGACCGGAGCCUGGCCUGGGAGCCAGGAUGGCCAUCCACAAAGCCUUGGUGAUGUGCCUGGGACUGCCUCUCUUCCUGUUCCCAGAGGCCCGGGCCCAGGCCCAGGGCCAUGCUCCACCGGGCUGCAGCCCAGACCUCAACCCCCUCUAUUACAACCUGUGUGACCGCUCUGGGGCAUGGGGCAUUGUCCUGGAGGCGGUGGCUGGGGCAGGCGUCGUCACCACGUUUGUGCUCACCAUCAUCCUGGUGGCCAGCCUCCCCUUUGUGCAGGAUGCCAAGAAGCGGAGCCUGCUGGGGACCCAGGUGUUCUUCCUGCUGGGGACCCUGGGCCUCUUCUGCCUCGUGUUUGCCUGCGUGGUGAAGCCCGACUUCUCCACCUGUGCCUCUCGGCGCUUCCUGUUUGGGGUCCUGUUCGCCAUCUGCUUCUCCUGUCUGGUGGCCCACGUCUUUGCCCUCAACUCCCUGGCCCGGAAGAACCAUGGGCCCCGGGGCUGGGUGAUCUUCACCGUGGCUCUGCUGCUGACCCUGGUGGAGGUCAUCAUCAACACGGAGUGGCUGAUCAUCACCCUGGUUCGCGGCAGUGGCGAGGGCGGCCCUCAGGGCAACAGCAGUGCCGACUGGGCCGUGGCCUCCCCCUGUGCCAUCGCCAACAUGGACUUUGUCAUGGCGCUCAUCUAUGUCAUGCUGCUGCUGCUGGCUGCCUUCCUGGGGGCCUGGCCUGCUCUGUGCGGCCGCUUCAAGCGCUGGCGUAAGCACGGAGUCUUCGUGCUGCUCACCACGGCCACCUCCAUGGCCAUCUGGGUGGUGUGGAUUGUCAUGUAUACCUACGGCAACAGGCAGCGCAACAGUCCCACCUGGGAUGACCCCACGCUGGCCAUCGCCCUCGCCGCCAACGCCUGGGCCUUUGUCCUCUUCUAUGUCAUCCCCGAGGUCUCCCAGGUGACCAAGGCCAGCCCAGAGCAAAGCUACCAGGGGGACAUGUACCCCACCCGGGGCGUGGGCUAUGAGACCAUCCUGAAAGAGCAGAAGGGUCAGAGCAUGUUCGUGGAGAACAAGGCCUUUUCCAUGGAUGAGCCGGCGGCAGCUAAGAGGCCAGUGUCACCAUACAGCGGGUACAACGGGCAGCUGCUGACCAGUGUGUACCAGCCCACCGAGAUGGCCCUGAUGCACAAAGGCCCGUCCGAAGGAGCCUACGAUGUCAUCCUCCCACGGGCUACCGCCAACAGCCAGGUGAUGGGCAGUGCCAACUCGACCCUGCGGGCUGAAGACAUGUACUCGGCCCAGAGCCAGCAGGCGGCCGCGCCGCUGAAAGAUGGCAAGAACUCUCAGGCUCAGUCCCCGCAAAGUAAAACGAGAUGGUAGAAGCCCUCUUCCCUGGAUCGCACGGCAUCCUGAUGUCCUCAUUCCUCUGUACCCGGGAUGGGCCCAGCACCUUUCCCGUCCUUGUCAUUGGAGCUGGGAGGGACCAGAGGCCACCGACCUGGAGCAGUGGACUGAGUGGGCCCCUGUGAAGCCCUGAGUAUGUGACUGGAGUGCCUAGGGCCCCUCCCUUUCCUGCCCAGCCCAUCUUCCUGGUCCCCAACUGGCUGCGGCUGCAGGGAGCUGUCCCCCAGGCCGCCUCCAUCUCCCCUCUUGACGCCCUCCCCAAAUCAUAGCCCCUGUGUCCCUGAGCUGUGGUUCUCCAGAUGGCCAUCCUCCCCAUUGUGAAAGGCAGUCCUCAGUGCCCCAUCUUGACUCUGGACCUUCCUGGCCCCGCCAUCUUGGUUUCUGGCAUUAGUUUGUCCUCUGCCUAGAUGGAUCUCCUCCAUGAGUCUUUGGCAACAAGCCGGGGCAGAAGUUGGCCCCUGCCCUUCUCACCAGGGCCUCCUGCCACCACCUGGACUGUGGAAGGCCACUGAGAUGGGGGCGGAGCUCAGCCCAAGGCCUGGGCACACUGCUGCUCUCCACAGCCUGUAGGUCCCGGAUGUGAGCCCCUGGGGUGUUUCACUCGAGAGCCCCUUAGCCAUCCACUUCUUCUAUCGCCAGCAAGCCAGGCCAGCCCUGCCUGCACUCUGCCCCCACUGCCCCUUGCCCUCUGGGACGAGGAUGGCCACGCUGGGAAGAGGCAGCUCUCUCCAUCCAGCACUACCUCAUGGAGAGCUCACUAAGGAUUUGGGAAUGGCAGGCCACUCUGGCAACCGGGGUUCAAGGUGGCUCCUGUGGCAGGAACAGGUGUCAAUGGGCCUGAUUCCCGGGAUCUCACGGGUUCUGGGAAUGCAGCAGGGGCCUCCCGUGGCUAUUCCAACAUCUCUGGUCAGGGCCUAGAAGCACCCUUAGGACAUGCGGGGUCGGGUUCAGGGCUGCCUUCUCAGGGACCAGUGGAGAGCCCUGGACCAGAUGAACUGGAGUCUAGGCCUCUCCUGUGACUGGGACUUGGAUGUGGGGAGGCCCGUGAGAUCCAGGUCUAAAGAUUCUAUUUCCUGAUGGGCAGAUAUGUGAGUGGCAUCCUCAGGUAAGUGGGACCCGGGACUAAAGACUGUGCUCUUUCCUGA